AUGGCGAACAACCAACGGGAGGAUAACACAAUCUACCUAACGGAGAAAGAGGCGGAGCGCAUCCAGAAAACAGUCAGGGAACGGUUAGAAAAGUGCAAGGAGCAGAGCGGAAAUGCAAAGGCUCCAAGAGACAAACUAGCCGCUCACCAGCAAGCCACUGGUGCAGCGCUCAUGGCAGAUAUGGGCGGUGCACCGGAUCCGGAUAUGAUGCAAACCCAGGGCAGGACCUCAACUACGAUCCCUGUCAUUGGCGUAGGCCAGCCAUAUCCGCCGUGCACAAUUCCGCUGUCAGAUUUGAAGCCCAUGAAGAUGGCAGACCUGAAGAUGGAGACGCAUCAUCGAGGCUGCAAACUGAUGGUUAAGCGAGAAAGCCCUGUAGUCACACUCGUAGCGAGGUCAUGGACUAUGGUUCAAGAUGAGGGCGGGAGUGAUGCAGAACGCUUGGAGAUAUUGCUGCACAAAUCACGGUACAGCGAGGAUGUGUUGGAGUCGACGAAGCAGUUCAUCAUCAAGGAGCCGUACUUUACCCUUACAGAGCAGGGAGAGCCUACACUUCGAAUCGACCAUCCCUCAGACCUAGUCGUUUGUCACGAGGAGGGCCCAAAGACAUUUGAUGAUACGGCAGCAGCAGAGAAGGCAGCUACACGAUUCAAAACUCAAGGAAACAACGCACUCAAAAAGCAGGACCUCCCACUCGCCCAUGAGAAAUACACCAUCGGCCUGGCGAUCGCAAAUCAGGAGAUUGUCACAGAAACGAACCCAGAUCUAGCGCGCGACAUCUCUCGGAACCGCGCUUACGUAAACUUGUUGUUGGGUCGAUUGGAUGAAGUGAAGACUGAUGCGCGAGCCUCACUGACCGGACGAGACGACCAGAAGUCGAAAGAACUGGAUAGCAAAGCAUACUACCGCGCAGGAUCAGCUUCAUACAACCAAAGCCGCUGGCAGGAAGCUAAACGGUUCUUCCAAGAGGCACAGAAGCUCACCCCCGAUGACAAAGAUACCAAGAUACAAUUGAAGAAGAUUGAAGCACGUCUACGUGAAGAAGAAACAGGAGCCUACGACCUGAUGAAGAUCAGAACCAGUCUUUCCAAGGCUCGAUCACGAGUCGAUGCCGGAAACUUCACCAAGAACACUGUAAUCAAAGACAGUCCAGGAAAAGGCCGUGGGUUGUACGCUACUCGUGACUUGGCCUCUGGAGAAAUAGUCAUGUGCGAGAAGGCCUUCUGCGUAGUAUGGGGUCAUGAAGAAGACACUCUUACAGCCAUGACGUACGAUACCCGCGAUGACCGCAUCCGCGUCGCACCUGUCGGUCUCGCCAAAGCCCUCGUGCAGAAAUGCCUCAACCAGCCUUCCCAGACUGAAGAUCUUAUGGACCUCUUCGGCGACUAUCAAGGGGAGGGUGAAGACAUUUUCUCAAACGAAGACGGCCCCAUUGUGGAUGUUUUCCGCGUCCACGAUAUCAUGUCUCGUAACGGUUUCGGCCCUGGAAGCCAAUUUGGAGAAGAAAGCGCUAGGAACGCUAGUACGGGUCUUUGGCGCCACGCCGCAUACAUCAAUCACUCGUGCCUCGCUAAUACAACGAAAGAGUUUGCCGGUGACAUGAUCAUCAUCCGCGCCACGGAGCCCAUCAAAGCCGGUGAUGAGAUCUUCCACCCAUAUGAUGCUUCGCUUGAUUACGAGACUAGGCAGGGUUUCCUGGAGAGGACAUGGGGUUUCAGGUGUUUAUGCAAGCUUUGCGAUGCAGAGAAAGAGGACGGUCAGGAGGUCAGAGACAAGAGAAUGGAGUUGGUGGGUGAGGCAGAUGCUUUUAUCGACAAGACGCCAUGGGCUGGGGCGAAGAGAGUGGCGCUUAGGAAGGCAGCUAAUAUCUUGAAGAGUCUUGACGCAACUUAUGAUGAGGAGAGAUGGGAUGGAUUGCCUAGGAGGCACACCGAAGGGAUCAAGGCGUGGCUGGUGAGGGCUAGCCCACGGUAG